GGGCAACGGGCUUCCCAGAUCGAGGCGCAUUGACGUCAAUCGUUGUUUGUGAUUGGUCAUAACCUUUUCCGGUGAGGCGUCCAUCCAUCCGAGGACCGUGAGAAAGCCAGGGUUAACGGAGUAAAACACGUACACAGACUCAUAUAAGCGACUCAGGUCACCAUGGCGUCCAGCAGUACGAGCAGUGAAGAAGAGAGGAGCUUGCGGGAAUGUGAGCGCUACGUGCAGAAGCACAACAUCCAGCAGCUGCUGAAGGACUGCAUUGUGCAGCUGUGCACUAACAGGCCUGAAAGGCCCAUGGCUUUCCUCAGAGAGUACUUCGAGAGGCUUGAGAAGGACGAAGCUAAACAAUUCAUCAGCCAGCAGAAGUCAAGCUCUCGCUCAGACUCCCGUGAAGAUGAGGUUUCUCCUCCUAUGAACCCUGUGGUUAAGGGCCGACGGCGCCGCGGUGCCAUCAGUGCAGAGGUCUACACUGAGGAAGAUGCAGCAUCUUAUGUCAGAAAGGUUAUUCCUAAAGACUAUAAAACUAUGGCUGCUCUUGCUAAAGCGAUUGAAAAGAAUGUGCUUUUUGCUCAUCUUGACGACAAUGAAAGAAGUGACAUAUUUGACGCCAUGUUCUCAGUCACCUACAUUGCAGGAGAGACCGUCAUUCAACAAGGGGAUGAGGGGGACAAUUUUUAUGUUAUUGACCAAGGUGAAAUGGAUGUGUACGUCAACAAUGAGUGGGUGACCAGUAUUGGAGAGGGUGGCAGUUUUGGUGAGCUGGCUUUGAUCUACGGCACUCCCAGAGCAGCCACUGUCAGAGCAAAGACCAACGUCAAGCUGUGGGGAAUCGACAGAGACAGCUACAGGAGAAUACUCAUGGGAAGUACUCUGAGAAAGAGAAAAAUGUAUGAGGAAUUCCUUAGCAAGGUCUCCAUUUUGGAGUCUCUGGAUAAAUGGGAACGGUUGACAGUCGCUGAUGCCCUCGAGACGGUCCAGUUUGAAGAUGGCCAGAAGAUUGUUGUGCAGGGUCAACCAGGAGAUGAAUUUUUCAUUAUCCUCGAGGGUUCGGCAGCAGUCCUGCAGCGGCGGUCGGAGAAUGAGGAAUUUGUAGAGGUUGGAAGACUAGCACCAUCUGACUACUUCGGUGAGAUCGCUCUGCUCAUGAACCGGCCUCGUGCCGCCACUGUGGUAGCUCGUGGCCCGCUGAAGUGCGUAAAACUUGACCGUCCCCGGUUUGAACGCGUGCUCGGCCCCUGCUCAGAUAUCCUGAAGCGAAACAUACAGCAGUACAACAGCUUCGUGUCUCUGUCGGUCUGAGGCGCACUAGGCUCUUUCCUCCUCUAUUGCAGGGUCCAUUAAUGCAAAUCCGCUUUAUUUUCUUACUUUUCUUUAUGCAUUUUCCAACACCCAGGUGCCCAUUCACUUCAGUGUUCUCUCUCUCUAUCUGUUUUUUUGAUUCGUGCUGUACCCUGUCACAUUCGUAUCCAUCGUAGAUUUACCAUAAAGCUGGUUGUUAUUUUUGCCUGAGAAACGAGCCAAUCAUUGUGCCACAGAUGCCUGUUAUGUUGAACUAACAAGGUCUGUCGGGAUUGUCUCUUUCCUCUAAAAUUGCUUGACGUUUCUGUAUAACAGUGUUUUGAAUGGAAGGAAAUCAGUGGGAGGGUUGACAGUCAUGAAGUCUAUCUAUUCAGUAUAUGAUGAUUAAUCUUAAUUGAGGCAUCGCGUUGCAGAUUCUGUUUUCCCUCAUUCAUUUCAAGCAUUUGAGUAUAGGGAAGCCAAAGGCAUAAAUCCAUGUGUGUUAUGUUGUUUUCUCGGGGGUACUGAAGUUAAAAUGUCACCAUGUUUAUCAUGGUGAUCAGCUUUGCUCUUUUAUUGUUAUAGCUGCACAUAAUAUAGUGUAUGUAAAUGAUUAUAUAUUAUAAGUAAAUGACCAUAAUCAUAUUUUUUGCACAGUUUGAUAUCUAUAUAUAUAUAUACGUAUAAGUGUGUGUGUGUGUAUAUAUAUAUAUAUAUUAACACUUUAUAUGCACCUGCUGUUUUUCAUUGUGGCAUAUGAUCCCAUUUCAUUAGGCUUUUUCAUUCUCUGUUGGAUGUUUAGUCCUCACUUCGUCCUUCAUGCUACACACAGGCUUGCACUGGACUCUUAUGUAGAGCACACCAGGAUUAGUCAAAUCUCCUUUUAAAGUACUGUUUUUUUUCCUCCGUGUUUUCUCCCUUCUGAAAUGCCACCUGCUGCAAAUGCUUUUAUUUGUUUGUUUCACAAAAAGGUGAUGAUAUCUUUUAUUCAACAUUGUGCUUAUGGCAGACACAAGUUCAGAAAAAAAGUUUGUUUGUUUUGUUUAAUUGUUAAGAAGAGUUACAGAAAUUGAAUGGUUAAUGAAAUCUGAGUAUGUGAGGAUCCUCCUUGACAGGAAGUGACUACUUGGUGACCUCUUUGGCCAACUGAGAUCCCAUUAGGUUUUCUUUCUCCAUGAGAGUGUAUGUGAACUGCUUUAAAUCCCAAAUGUAUUUUUUCCCACUUUUUCUUUUUUUUGUUUAUACAUUUUAAACUGAAAUAAUUUGGUUAAUAAACAGGCCAGGGCUAAGAAAAAUAGUUUUCAAAUGACCAGUGUCCUUUUUUGAUUGAGAUUUAGAUGAUUGUCCUUAGUUAAAUCAAAGUCUUAAAACAGGGACAGUAUUUACCGCGUGUGUUGAGUUCAUGGUGACUCUAUGCCAUGAGGGUUGGGAUCCAUCAAAUGUUUGGAAUAGAUUUGCGAUCCAAUACUGCCACCACCUUAUUCUAUUAUCAGGUAUUGUUCUUCGGGUUAUCUGAGUUGUGUUGUACGAUUUUACUGGGUGGUACAAUAGUGUUAACAGUCGCUGAAGAUAGAUUUUAAUUGUCACACAGAGAUAUUCUUGUAUUAUUUGAAAACAGUUGAUGUGAAUUUUAAAUUUGUGUAUUUUUGUUUUCUACACAUCUUGUGUUAUGUGGUUCUACAGAUAUCCAGCUCCUUUAUACUGCAGACUCAUGUUAUUAAAAACAAAUUUAGGUUUUGAAAAGUGCCUAAUUUCUUUACUGUCAUAUUGCAUAGCCAACAGACGUUUCCUUGUAGUUUUUUUCCCUCCCAAUUCUAUUCAAAACUACUGUGUCAGCUUCUUAUCUGUAUUAAUUGUAAACUACAAGUUUUUUUUCUGUUUUUUUUAUCGGUAUAUCCGUAUACCCUUAGCAGGAUAAUUUAUUUAGACUUAAAGCUCCAGUAAUUAAGAGUUUAUUUAACUGAACUGUCCCAAAAUUGCGAUGUUAAUUAAAUAAAGAUGCAAUAUUUCACUUUGUCCUACUGACCACAUGAAAGAAUUUCCUUUUUACUCUCUGACUUGAUUUAAGAGCAUUGUCACUGCAGUUGUGUGGGAAAAGAUGCUCAUUCACAUGGACUGGAUUAUAAUUUCAGAAUCAGUCAAAGCUUGGUGCUGUAGCUUUAAAAACACAAUUUGCACCCUUAAUGAGAUGUGAAGUUUCAAAUAGCCUUUUGAUGAACUGUUCCACUGUCCUUUCACUGAGUGGGUUAUGCCUUAUGAUGGGAUUGAAUAAAUUAACAUGUUGAAAUUAUUUACAUAGUCCUUAAUGUAAACUGUGACGCCCUUUGAUAGGCAUAAAAUUGCUAAAAUGUGUACUUAUUGCUUAUACAUGCAUUGCUUUCUUCAUUUAACUUUACAGUGAAAGAUAAAUCUUUUCCCAAAUUUUCUGUAAAAUGCAUAAUUGAACCUUUCUUGCAAUUCUCUCCCUUUUAGGAAUAGAUUUAGUGAUUGGUUCCACCGCUAAUUCAAAUUUCUGCUUACUUUUAUUAUGAUUUAACAACUUCAGGCCCUGUUUCUUGAAGAACCUUCAUUGAUACACUGGAAAUGUGUUUGUAUUACCACCCUCAAGCUUAUUUUAUUUUUAUUUUUUUCUGUAGCUUGCUUUUCAUUCCCUGGUUGUGACUGCCAAUGGUGUUUUCUUCUGAAGUUUUCAGUAAAAUCGUGUUCUAGUAUGUACAGAGGAAUUGAUAUAUUUGCUCAUAAGCUUUGCCAUCAGGGCUUAGAGACUCCUGUUCACCCAUUCUUUAGUUGGUUAAACCCUCAGCACAGAGAGUUAUAAAAUGUCAGAGGACCAUUUUUCUAUUAUUCUUUUUCUAUAACUGUGUACGGUUUGAUUUCAUUGGAUGUGCUCAAGUUGUAAACCUUUGGUAUAGAUUGUCCCAAUGGCAGGUCAAGCAAUAAAAUGAUUAAUUCUUGAA